AUGACUAUUAUUAGCUCUAUAAAACAUUUACACGGGAAUAUUGAAAACGUUCUAUGCCUUCCUAGAUUAUUAUCAAUAUCAUCAACGCGUGAAAAGAAUACUGCAGGGAAAUAUAGAACUACAACUGGCCGUAAACAAAUGUUAACCUAUGAAAUGGCUCAUCGACCCCACCACAUUGGCGUCAAAAAGUCUUGGUUAACCUGGCAUUCACAAAACUUAGAAGAAUUUCGACAGCGCCAACCUGUUGUAAUAGCACAAGAUGAAAUAAUCCGUCGUUUCGUACGUGGCUUCUUCCCAGAUUACAUAGCCAUUGAUGGAAGUGAGCUUAUUAUCAAACGACAGGGAAAUUGCGUCCGUGUUGCUGGUUUCUUUCACUAUCGAAACAGGCUGAAUAUACGUGAGAUAUAUUGGAUGUUUGGAUUUACAGAAGAAUUCCUCUCAACUCUACUCAAACAACCAGUGAAACUAGAAAUCCAGUUUGUUGCUGAUGAAAAAGACCUUGCAUACAAUUUCAUCUAG